GUGACAUCAAUAUUCGACGUCUAGAAUCGACAGACGAUUCUGUUGGUGCCUAACAAAUGCAAAUAAUACAAGGACGGCAUAGGCCGUCGAAAAUAUUGAGUGUCCCAUAGCAAAACGCACUGACAACGACGGGCUAUAACGCGCAGUCUCAGUGAACUAACUAAUCUCUCGACAGUAAUGUUACACUUCAAGUCUUGGUAUGUAUUUUACCCCAACUGCAUUAAUUCACAAAUCAUUAGGUAUGCCUUAAUCUUAAAUUGGAUAAUCUCAAGUUUCCUCGACAUGAAAAUGUUAUUGAUAUUGUAUGUGACUUCUUAUCUCAUCGACUAUUUCGAUUUCUUAUCGUUUUCUAUAUAGAUAAACUGAUAUGUCAGGAGAAUAUCGAAAAACACCUAUCGACGGCCUAGCAGGUAAGUGGUUGCUUUAUUUCAAUAGAUAUAAGUAACUGAUGAUAACGAAUCAUCACGAAAUGAAAUAAUAUCUAGUGAAUUAGUUUUUUUCAAUCAGAGCAAUCCAUAAGAUAUCAGGAAGUUUGAACAUGGUUCGGACUAUGGAUAUUGCUUGUUUCAUUAUGCUGGUUAUUUGGUUCCCAAGCCAGAUUAUCGCGGAAUCAUCUCUCAGGCUUCAUUAUUUUGAUAUGCCAGGUCAAGGAGAGCCUAUAAGAAUGAUGUUAACCUAUGGCAACAUACCAUUUGAAGACGUACGGAUAAGCAGAGAUGAUUGGCCAGAACUCAGACCAAUGAUGCCCCUUGGGCGUUUACCAGUUCUGGAAGUAGAUGGAGUGUUAAUCCCCCAAUACGUAGCUAUUUCCAGAUAUGUUGCAACACUGGCCAAAUUACAUGGAAAUGAUGCUAUGGAAAAUCUCCAAGUAGACUUUCUGAUCGAUACAUUAGAAGAUCUAAAACAAAAAAUGUUCUCAUAUGGCUUUGAGACAAGUGAGGAGAUACGAAAGGCACUGGAGGAAAUCCUCAAAGGAAUGGUUCCCUAUGUUAUGGAGGGAUUUGACCAACGGGCUAAAGACAAUGGUGGUUACAUUGCCAUCAAACGAUUGACAUGGGUGGACAUCGAUUUUUUGUGUGCCUAUGAAUCUCUGAGAAAUAUAUUGAACAUAGACAUACUAAACACCUACCCAAACCUCAAAGAAGUGAAAAAUAAUGUAUUAAAGGAGCCCGCUAUUGAAAAAUGGAUCAAGAGUAGACCAUCCUCAGUGACACUUCGAACUUAUGAUCUGAAAAGUGAAUAUUCGAAAUCCAGAAGCGAAUUAUGAAGAUUUGAAUAUGCCGAGGAAUUUAUACUGAAGUGGGUAUCUGAAGUUCAUGAAUGCUUCUCGGAGUGAGCUGUUGUGUAUAGUAUUCUAAUAUAUUUGUCAUCAAGAGCGCAGUCAUCAUCUUCGACAUUAUCAAUUCUCUCAUUGGAAUAAAUUACUGUUAUGAACUUGUUAAGAUGUUCAAUCAUUUAUAAUUAACCUUAAACUCCUGAAAGAUCAAUAUACUGAGGUACAG